AUGCUCCAAGUUCUCGAGUUAUGUUUGAUUUUUCUACAAUGCCUACUGUACAAAGUGAAUGCAUCGAAUAUCUUGAUUUGGAAUCCUACACUUGGCUACAGUCACGUCAGAUUUUUAGGUAAUAUAGCGGAUGUGUUGACGGCGGACGGACAUAAUGUAACCAUCUUCUCGUCUUCAAUGGACUCGGAAAUUACGACUUUUGGUAAUCGUCUUCCAGCUCGAACGAUCCGAUUCAAAUCGCCUGGAAUCGAUGAAGUGUUUCGAAACUUAGUUUUAAAAGGACCAUCUUUUUGGGACACCCCACAAUGUGAUGAGCUCUGCUUUGGAUGGAGUGACAACGACCUGAUGAACGAGCAAGUUCUCACUUAUUGUAAAGAUCUUCUGGAAGACACUGAACUGUUAAAUUCUUUGAAUGAGUCCAAGUUUGAACUUGUCUACACUGAAGCGAACGACAUUUGCGCUCCUGGGAUAUUUCAGAUCCUUGGAAUCAAGAACAUGGUACUGGCGGUAGCACAUACUAUGGUGCCUCGCAUGUAUGAAGUAACAGGAAUGUCGACACUCCCCAGUUUUAUGCCAGAAAUAGUGACACCAUUUUCUGAUGAUAUGACAUUUGUGGAGCGAAUGGCAAAUUUUAAAAUUAGCAUGCAGUUCAUGUUUCAUAUGCGGAAAUGGGAGCGGAUUUUUUGGGAACAUUUUAACGCAAAAUAUCCUGGGUUUCCCGCGAUACGAGAGAUUUACAACGAAAAAACUGCAUUAAUAAUGACGAACGUACACGAAUUUGCUGAAUCGCCACGUCCCACAACGAAUAUGAUACGGUAUAUUGGGGGAUCAACGUUGUACGAAGCAAAACCAUUAGAAAAGGAUCUGGAUGAUCUUCUCAACGAAAGGGAAGCAACAGUCCUAUUCUCGCUUGGAUCAGUUGCAAAGUCUAAGAAUAUGCCAGAAUGGCUCAGAAAUGAUAUUAUCCAUACUUUUAACUCGUUUCCUAACGUGACGUUCAUUUGGAAAUAUGAAGAUGAUGAUCUUAUCACAUCCGGCUCUCAUCCGAAUAUUCAUCUGAUGAGAUGGAUUCCACAAGUAGACCUAUUAGCUGAUAAACGUCUUUCUCUGUUCAUCACCCAUGGUGGCAUGAAUUCCAUGCUGGAAGCGAUGCACUACGGGAAGCCUGUGAUUGCUAUACCUCUAUUCGGCGAUCAACUUCACAACUCAAGGAAUAUUCCAAGACUUCAAAUCGGGAACAUCCUUGACAGAACACGUAUCAGCCAGAAGACGUUAACGGAAAUGAUUAAGAUGACGUUGGGGAACGAAACGAUUUUACGGAAUGCAGGGUUUGUUGCCUCGCAACUUGCCGGACGACCGCAACAAUAUCGUGAGGAUAUUGCUAGAUGGGCAAAAGUCAUUUUAGAAUAUGGCCGAAUGGAUCAUCUAAUACUACAUUCUAGGAAUAUGAAUUCGAUACAGUAUUAUUGUUUAGAUGUUAUAGCAUUUGUGUUCACUUUUACAAUUAUAGUUUUGUUUUCAGCAUUGUGGCUUUUAAAACAGGUAUUUUGUUAUAUAAGAGCCUCUAAAGAGAAAUUUGACUGA